AUGUCGGCUCCUCGGGAAACGACCCGUCUUCUUCCAUCGCGAAGACCGCCGCUCUUAUCGAUUCCGCUGUCGCAAUCCUUGCGUUCCGAAUGGGCGCCCGAUCUCCCCAAACAGUAUCAUGAUUGUGAAUCGCUCGAACUACCUCGGGCGGCUUCUUCUUUUGACUGGUUUGCCUAUCUUUCCUACUACGUGCCCAUUCUCCGGUGGCUUCCGCAGUACCAGGCCCAGAAUUUCUUGGGCGAUUUUCUUGCUGGCGUGUCUUUGGCCAGUUUCCAGGUUCCGUUGGUGAUGUCGCUAGCAACUUCCCUCGCCAAGCUUCCGCCCUUGGUUGGGCUCUAUUCGGUGGUGGCGGCGUCGCUCUCGUAUGCCGUUUUUGGCACAGUCCCCACGCUUGUGGUGGGUCCACUGCCCAGCACUGCCGUUCUUUAUGGCCAGGUGAUUGAAAAGUUUGCCCACUCGCCUGCCAAGGAAUUUGCGAGCUUGUCGCCCACAGACAUCAGCGCCACGCUCUCUGUGGCCAUGUCUGCCAUUCUUUUGGUGGCUGGUUUGCUCAGAUGGGGGUUUUUGGACAACAUUCUUUCCCAAGCUUUGUUGAAGGGCUUCAUUGGCGCAAUGGGUGUCAUUAUGAUUGCAAACCAGCUUGCUAUACAGAUGGGGCUCCAGGACUUGGCCAAGUCGCUUCCUCACGCCACCAUUAUCGACAAGUUGCGUUUUGCCAUAUCCCACGUUUCCAUGGCUCACAUUCCAACCGUGAGUGUGACUGUUUGCACAUUGGCCAUUGUUCUUAUGGUCAGGAAGAUGAAGUUGGUCUUGCAAGAGAAACACGGGGUUCGAUCCGCAGUCUACAUCCCUGAACUUCUUGCAAUGGUGGUUGUGGCCACAUUUUUCUCAUACUACUACGACUGGGAAAGCCAGGGUAUAGCCAUAGUCGGGGACCUUUCCGGGUCGAAAAAAGCAAAACACCGAGGGAUAUUUGUCAAUCCAUUCCAUUUUUCUCGCCUCUCGUUAUUCAAGUCUGUCUUUGGAACGUCUCUAUUGUGCUCGAUCCUUGGCUUUUUCGAUUCCACAACGGCCACAAAAGGUUUGGGCUCAAGAUACAACUACAAUGUCUCUGCAAACCGAGAACUUGUCGCUUUGGGCAUGUGCAACUUUGCCAUCAUUUUUGUUGGGGGUAUGCCUUCUUUCGGUGCUUUGGGAAGAUCCAAGGUGAACAUUUUGGCUGGCGCAUGUACUCCUUUGGCCACCGUAAUCAUGGGAUGUACUGUCAUUCUUGCGGUGAGGUACCUUUUGCCCUUUUUGUACUACCUUCCCGAAUGCGUGCUUUCUUUAAGCACAACAAUCAUUGGCAUUACUGUGUUGGAGGAAGUUCCUCAUGACGUUCGCUUCUUCUGGAACAUUCAAGGAUACGACGAAGUCGUCAUCCUUUUGGUUGUUUUCUGUGCCACGAUCUUUUGGAGCGUGGAAGCGGGCGUGAUCUUGGGAAUAGUCAUUGCAAUUGCUCGAGUGAUCAAACACGGCUCACGUUCUCGCAUUCACAUCUUGGGCCGGAUCCCAAACACAUCUGUUUUCCGCAACGCUGAUGAGCUUAUAGAGGAGAGUUUCACGGCACACUUUGCUUCCGGAGAAGAAAACGACGGGUCUGCCAAGCUAGGCGAUUUCAUUGCGGAGAUCGAGCAGAUCGAAGGCGUUUUAAUAAUCAAGAUUCCCGAGCCGUUGAACUUUGCCAAUUUGGGUGAUCUCAGGAAAAAGCUCAACCGGAUUGAGCGAUUCGGUACACUUUCCGUUCAUCCUUCUCAGCCCCUGGUGAGUGGAAUUGACAAUGGUGCCAUAAAGUUUAUUAUUUUCGAUUGCAAGGGAAUGACCUCUCUUGAUGCUUCUUCUACACAAACACUCCAUGACAUUGUGAAAAGGUACCACGAAGUGAACAAGGUUCAUGUUGCAUUUUCCCGUGUGCCCGUGAACAAGAAAGUGAGAGCACGGCUCCUUGAUCUGGGGAUUGUAAAAGUUGUGAAUUCCAGCUACAAGCUGUUUUGUGGCAUGCAGCGAUCCGAAGCUUCUGAGACAAAUUCCGCUGCUCAGCCAACGAAUGUUCCUCUGAUGAAUGUUUCUGCACUGCUUGGUGAAGGGUUUUUCCUUAGUAUAGAAGAGGCAUUGAAGGCUUUCCGCAUCGACAUGGUUUAA